AUGGCCUCCGCCGACGGAGAGCCGAAGAUUUCAAAGCGUGCAGCAGAGAAAGAAGCGAAGAAAGCAGCAGCAAAGGCGGCGAAGGAGAAAGCAAAGAUUGAAGCUGCCGUCAAGCCUGCAUCGUCUGGCCCGUCAGCGCCCGUAGACCCGUUCCAGCAGGGGUGGCUGAAGGGUGUCUACGAUGAGAAGCCAGUCAAGGAUGUCCAUACCCGAUUUCCGCCAGAACCGAACGGUUAUCUCCAUAUCGGCCAUGCGAAAGCCAUCACAGUCAAUUUCGGGUUCGCGCGAAGUCGUGGCGGUGUCUGCAACCUACGCUUCGAUGACACCAAUCCGACCAAGGAAGAAGAACGGUACUUUACUGCGAUCAAGGAUAUGGUCUAUUGGUUGGGCUUUGAACCGUACAAAAUCACAUACAGCUCUGAUGAGUUCGACAAGCUUUACGAAUUGGCUGAGGAGCUGGUACGGCGGGGCAAAGCUUACGUCUGUCAUUGCACGGCGGACGAAGUCAAGAAAGGACGGGGAAAGCUUCCUAACGGCGAACACGGUUCACGGGUAGCAUGUGCGCACUGGAGUCGCUCAGUCGAGCAAAACUUGGCAGACUUCCGCGCAAUGAAAGAUGGCCAGUACCGACCGGGCGAGGCUGUGCUGCGAAUGAAGCAGUCAAAGGACAAGCUGAAAGCCUAUGCGAACAAUCCUGCACUUUGGGACUGUGCGGCCUACCGCGUGACGAAAAACAGCCAUCACCACCGUACGGGCGACAAGUGGCGGAUAUACCCGACCUACGAGUUCACGCAUUGCAUUUGCGACGCUCUGGAAGGCAUCACCCACAGUCUUUGCACUGUCGAAUUCGAAACGCUAAGGCCUGCAUACAACUGGCUGCUUGAGGCUCUGGACAUGAAGAUCGAAGGCAGUGACGAGAAAGGUCCAAUGCAGAGAGAGUACGGCCGGCUCAAUGUCGAGGGUACGAUACUGUCCAAGCGGAAAAUUGCCACGCUGGUUGAUGGGACAACCGUCGCAAAUGAUGCUACGAUGAGCUGGGACGACCCAAGGCUCUUCACACUGGUCGCACUGCGGCGGCGCGGCGUACCGCCGGGUGCGCUUAAAAAGUUCGUCCUUGACCUUGGCGUGACCAAAGCCAAUGCCAACACUGCAACUCAUACCCUCGAUGCCAACAUUCGUACAUAUCUUGAACGUACAGUACCUCGACUCAUGCUCGUUCUGGACCCCGUCAAGGUCGUCCUGACGAAUUUGCCGGAUAAUCAUCUGGAAGAGCGUGACGUCCCCUUCGAUCCUAAGGAUAAGGAGAAAGGCACGCACAAGGUCCCUUUCACGAAAACAAUCUAUAUUGAUCGCGACGACUUUCGGGAAGAAGACGAUCCGGACUUCUUCCGCCUAGCACCAGGCAAAUCCGUCGGCUUGCUGAACGCGGAGCACCCGAUCAGGUGCAUUUCCUUCUCAAAAGACUCAACAAGCGGCAAAGUUACCGAAGUACUAGCUGAGUAUGGUGCUGAUGUGCAACCUGGAAAGGCGCGCAUCCACUGGGUGGCAGACUCUCCCGCUCACAAAUCGCCGAUUAUGGCUGAAGCGCGCAUCUUCAAUCCGCUGUUUAAGUCGGCCAAACCCAAUGAGCUGGACUGGAAAAAUGGUGGGUAUCAUGAGAAUCUCAACCCGGAGUCGCUUGUGGUGUACCCAAAUGCCAUGAUUGAGAGUGGGUUCGGUUACGUCAAGCACAAUGCACCAUGGCCGAAGGAAGAAGGUGAGGCGAUGGGCGUUGUGGACAAGAGCUCCGUAAGGUUCCAGGGUUUGAGAACGGCCUUCUUUGCACUGGACAAGGACAGUACCGAGGAGAACGUGAUCUUGAACCGCAUCGUGAGCUUGAAGGAAGAUACCGGGAAAAAGUAG